GUGAGUUACGUGAAGGCAGGUUGAAUACAUGGGCUCUCACAUGCUGAAGAAUGAGCCUUUAAGACUUUUUUUUAGACUAUACCAUAUGGAAUCUUUGAAAAGCUGGAGUUUACUACACGAAUACAUUAUCCUGUUGAUACUCUUUACAACGGUCAGCAAAGGGUCAGCAUGUGAUGCUCCUUCCAGUCCUGAGUGCUUCAGAAGAACCGCUGAAGCUCCCGAUUACAGGUGUGAAUGGAGCAUGAAGAACACCACUGAGAGCAAUGUGAAAUUUGAUCUUUACAUUGAUGAAGUAAGAGUCAGGAACAUUGCAAGGACCUGGUUUGAGAUCAACGAGAAACCAUUUAAACGACUUAAAAAUCGUUCUGUCAAGAUUUGGGUUGAAGCUCACAUAGGAAACUCCAGAUGCGCGUCCACCAACACGUCUGUUGUGCUCUCACACACAGUUAAGUAUGAAGCACCAAAACAUAUUUCCAUGUCCUGGUUAAAAAACAACCUCAGCUUGAGCUGGACGGCAUCAGAGAAGCAUCCAGCUGCAGCAGAAAUCCUGUUACGCAGAGAUGCACACCGCACAGAUUCAUGGGGAAAAAUAACAACAAAUACCACCAGUGACACUUCAAUGCACCAUGUGCUUGUUGAGAAUCUGUUAAAGGAUACAGCUUACCAGGUUAAAAUCAGACACCGGUCCACUAAGGCCCUAAACCCACUGUGGAGCGACUGGUCUCCUGUUGUGACUGUUCCUGCAGAGCUGGAACAAAUACCUGAAGUAACCAUGAAUAUAACCCUUUCAAAUGGGACUCGAAAGGUGGUGCUAACGUGGAAGAAGAUGCCCCAUGCCGAGAUGUACAGUCUGAAUGAAACACAGUCUUCCAAUGGCUGUAAUUGUAAGAAAAUAAGAGAUUAUCGCAUCAACACGACUGAGACUAAUUACACUACUUUUGUCUCGUACUCUGCUGUCAAAAUCUUUGUUAACGGCAGAAACGCAGCAGGAAGUUCUCCACCAGCAAUCCUACAAAUACCAGCCGUACCAGCUGCAGAGUUAAAAAUUUGUGACAACACCUUACUGAAUAUAAAACCAAAGAAGAAAACUUGCCCUAAAUGGUUCGAGCUUCAAGAUGCAGAUUUAGGGCUAAGGUCUGUUUCUGAUACAGACAUUAAGGACUACGUUCGCUACCUGUACUUUGAACACAAAUGCAUUGAUGGGAAACCAUGGACACAUAAAAUGUGCCUCUUUUAUCAAAAAGAGGGCGCUCCCCUCAGAGAACCUCAGGACUUCAUUGCUUUCAGUGAAACACACAAUUCUACUAACUUGUCUUGGAAAGCCAUUCCCUCUACAGACCAGCGAGGUUUCCUCACACACUACAGCCUGUGCAGCGUGAAAGUCAGUUCACAGGAUGAGCGCAAAGAGUGCCAUAACAUAUCAGCCUCAGUGAUGAAAUACCGGCUCGGAAACUUGACGCAAGAAACUACAUACCGGGUCAGCCUGGUUGGAGUGACCCGAGUAGGAGAAGGACCUGAAGCCACAGUCACUAUCAACACGCUGCCAGAGAAGCCUGUGAAUGUGUUGUGGAAGCUCUGCCUGCUGUUUCUGUUUGUUAUACUCACAACAAUGUGCACCUGCAUCUUGAAGAGAAUCAAAGACAACAUCUUCCCUGCUGUGCCGACACCUGUUAUUCCAGAUUUCAUCCCUUAUCAACCAGAGAGUCAGGGUUUUAUGGAGAGAAAGGAGGAGGUGGAUGAGCUGACGCUGCUCCAGCUUCAUCCAGAGGUAAAGUCUGUCCCUGAAGACGCAGAAGAGAGCGCUGUUCUCGCUGGAGAGUGGGAGGAAGACACUGAUGAGGACGAGGACAACGAGAGAUGGGAUUCAAGGAUGUUAGGAGGGUCCAGUGAUGAGUGUCUGAGUCCUGGCUCUACAGAGGAGGCACUGAGGAGCUCCAGAGAAGGAGAAAUGACAGAUGUCGAACAGCUGGACAAUGAGAUCGCCAUGCUGAUAUACAAGAAAGGUCUGGUCUUCGAUGUGAAGACGGACUCCCUGUGAGAUGAAUUUAAAUGAUUUUACUGCCCCACAGCACAACAUUGACUUAUAUUGAAGACUGCAUACAUAUUUUACUGUGCAGAAUCAUCUACUUAUUAGGAAAAUGUUUAUUAAAUGUUCAUGUUUUUUUUUUCACUAAGCAAUGCAGGAUCUCAAAUCACUGUUCAGACUUCAGAUCUUUUUUCAUUUUAGGUAAUUUCAGAUAGAGAAAAUCUCAACAACCUUUGGAUGAAUUGCCAUGAAACUUUUAACCUCUUAAGGACGACGCUCCCCCCAUUGGACCCCUCCCACCGUUUUUUUUUCGAGACAAUG